UAUUCCUAUAAUGUGCCGCAGGCCAAUAAAGUACAAGCUGUGGUCCACAAAGGCUACCAGGCCGUACUUUGGACACCAGUGGUCCAAACUAUUGACUUGUCCUGUUUAUACAAAUAAAUACAAGAAUAAAUAAAAAAAAAAUAAAAUGUAUAAAAUAAUUAUAAAAUAAACAUAUUUUUCCCAAUUUUUGCUGGAUUUUUUUGGUUUAAUUUUAUUCUUAUAAUGUGUCGCAAGCUAAUAAAAAACAAGCUGCGGGCUCCACUUUGGACACCCCUGGUCCAAACCUUGUUGUAUAUAUACAAAUAAAUGAAAUUAAAAGAAACAACAAAUAUUAAGUAAAAUGUAUAAAAAUAUUCUAAAAUAAAUAGAUUUUUCCCAAUUUUUGCUGUUUUUUUUUUGGUUUAAUUUUUUAUUUCAGUUCAGGCUAGAGCAGUAUUUUCUGUCAUGCCCCCACUGGGGACAGAAAUGUUAUCUAAUUAUUUAUCUGCACUGUACAGAACAGAACUCAAAACGGGAACCAGAGAAAUGCAACCAAGUGUAGAGCAGUGAAGAAUACAAGCAUCAGAGUCCAAAUGCAUGCUGAGUACGACAAAUUCAUACAUGUUGGCAGGUCUGCACUAACACUGAAAGUCCUACCUGCCUCUCACGACCCCCAUGACAGUUCACCGCGUCCCCCCCCGCCAUUUGAGAAGCACUGGGUUAGAGUAAAUAAAAUGCAUACAACGUGAAUACCGCAACCUACAAGGUGAAGUUUGUCACCUCAUUGACGUUUGAUUGGCUCACAUGGAAAGAAAAGCAGCUGACAGUACAGAAGAUGUUAUCGAUCACCAGCGAGAGCAUUGCUGCUGCAGUCUUGUGAUUGUGAAGCAAAGUGUUAUUGAUUUGCAGCAGAAGUAACAUUGACUGAUUGAUGCGCAAUGAAGGCUGCAUAAGGACAACACUUGCUUUAAAAAGUCCCAGCAUGAAGCCUGGGUGCCCUCCCAAGAAUACUGAUUGGUAUACCGAUACUGAAUAGUGAGUGAUCCGCAAUCUUGUGCUCAGAUGAUUUCAAUCGAUUCUGCUCCGAAGCCCUCUUUUUGCACACCGGCUAGUCAAAGGGAACAACAUGACGACUUCAUGCGAUUCAUCAACAUUGAUGAAAAGUGAUGGAUAACACAGAGAUCCACGUGGUGCCCAACAUCCUCAUGCUGGUCGGCCUGGCCUCCAUCGGCACCAACUGGGUUGCCGGCCGAGUGUGCCAGGACUCCUUGGACCCGAGUCGCUUCCCGCGCUGGAAGGUUCUCCUGCUGGGGUGGUACGCCGUGGCCGCGCUCCUCUGCUGCCUGCUCAUCACCGUGGUGGUGCUCAGCUACGCCCUGCAGGGCCGCCUGGAGGAGUCCUUGAAGGUCGGUUUGAGGAAUGGCAUCCGCUUCUACAAGGACACGGACGUUCCGGGGCGCUGUUUCCAGAAGGAGACCAUCGAUCGUCUGCAGAUGGAGUUCCGUUGUUGUGGAAACACUAACUUCAGGGACUGGUUUGAAGUGCAGUGGGUCAGCAACAGAUACCUGGACUACACCUCCAAGGAUGUCAAGGAUCGCAUCCGCAGCAACAUAGAUGGGCGCUUCCUGCUGGAUGGCGUCCCCUUCAGCUGCUGUAACCCAGCGUCCCCUCGGCCCUGCCUGCAGUACCACCUGACGGACAACGCCGCCCACUACAAUUACGAGUUCCAGAACGAAGAGCUCAACCUGUACAACCGCGGUUGCAGGGAGGCUCUCAUCGACUACUACAUGGACCUGAUGAACUCCACUGGUCCCGGUGUGCUGUCUGUCAUCUUGAUACAGAUGUCAGUCCUGUUCAGCCUGCGCUACCUGCAGACCUCCGUGGAAGGCGCCAUGGCCCAGGAGCACCCGGAGGGUGACAGCGAGGGUUACCUUCUGGAGAAGGGAGUGAAGGAGACCUUGGAGGAGGCCAAAGUCAAAGCCCUGCUCUUGAUGAAGUUCGGCCAGGUGGACCCGAGUGCGACCGAGGGCACUGCUGACAUCGCGGAGAAGGACGCUGCCACGCCUUCUUCCAGCUAGAUGACUGAUUCACAUCUGACAAAAAAAGAGCAAGGCAUGUCAGAAGUGGAUGGGUGAUUAGGGAGGGUCAUGUUUCAGUUUUCUUGGUUGUGUGAGUUGACUGGUGGCUGGUAGAACAUCGGUUUUGUCAAAUGAUUUAAAACAAUGAAUCAAAUUAAUCAGCUUUCAAAUUAAUUCAUCAUGAUUAAUCACCAUUUGCGACCAUGUGUGAAAUAUGCCCAUUUUUGCUGCAUUUUACGAAGAGAGAGAUAAAUGACAGGACAGGAUUAUAUUUACACUCAUGGAAAAAGUGAUUAGACCACCCUUGUUUCUUCGGUUUCUUGCUCAUUUUAAUGGCUGAUACAACUAAACGUACCUUUGUUUGGACAAAUAUAACAAUGACAACAAAAAGAGCUCAUGUAUUUGCCCAAACAAAGGUACCUUCAGUUGUAUCAGGCAUUAAAAUGAACAAGAAACUGAAGAAACGAGGGUGGUCUCAUCAUUUCUUCCAUGCCUGUAUAUGUUUGCAUAUAUUAGCAGCUCCAACUGAACUGAAAGUUAAAAUCAAACUAAAAGAUAGCACACAUGUCUGAAAAUGUAUUUGCUUAACGCUAGUCUCUUUCAGUAGCAGCAGCAUCACACUUUAAUUUCGUUAAUAUGAGCCAUGACGGGUUGCAUUCAAAGACACCGCGUAACUUAAGUUGAAUUCACAUUUUAAGUGUAGAGAUUUCCGAGCAUGUAUCAAAUUGUACUUCCGCAGUAAGAAUUAGGUUAGUGAGAGAUAAGAAUAUCAACUUGCUGUUUUUCUUUGUCUUGCUGUUUAUUUACACCACACAUACACGCAUGAUAAAGAGAUUUUGGGAGUGUCCGUGAAUGCAUCCCACGGUCGACAAGUGACAUUGAGGAAGUGUCGCUCCCAGAGGCGUGUUUGUGAGUUGGAGAUACACAUAUGGUGUUGGAAUAAAGUUAUUAAAGAGCGGCAGACUCUGUGGGGACACUAUUGUGGCUCCGUCUGCCGUCAUAACAGAGAGAUGUGGCUUGGCGUGACGAGCACGCGUCAAUGACGGUAUAAAAUUAAUGAAACAAAUUAGUUCCUACAGCUAUUUUUGACAGCCCUAGUUUUGACACAUUAUAGGCUUGAUUAACGCUCCAACCAAGGCAGCAGCCAAAACAAGGCAACACAAACGGAAUCUUAUAUCAGGCCAUAAACCUCAUCAACGCGUGAUCAGAGGUUCUGUUCAUGAGAUUCUUUUAGCGGGUUUAGUUGACACAAAUAGAUGCAAAAUUAACCUUCUGAGUCCAAUUGGACCUGAUGUGCGCAGUAUUAAUCAUCUCACAGCACUUAGGGUUUGUACCAAACUGCAAUGUAAUGUUUAGCACGCUGUUUUUUAAGUGGCAAUGCAUGUAUUGUACGUAUAGCACAUUAAAGGUAGACCUUUUUAACCGC